AUGGAGACGCCCCAGAUUGCCUCGAUGCACAGCUUCCAAGUCCCAGCCCAGCCAGUGCCGAAGACACAGUCCUAUCCUCAAACUCCACCUCAACAAUCUGACUCGACCGAUCGCGCAAGAGCAUACAAGUCGCGCAAUAAGCGGCCGUGCGAUUUCUGCAGAUACAAGAAAGCAGCAUGCCACCUCGAAAGCCAGCCGCCUUGUGAGCUGUGCAUACGAUACCACAAAGACUGCACCUUUGUCGAGUCGCCCGCGAAACGUCGCAGGCCCAACGAGAACAGCAACGAGAAUGGCCAAAAUGCUCUUCGCGGAAUGCGAGACUUCAAACAGGAUCGCAAUGGCAGUCUGGACAGCAGUGCAUCGUACAUGAGCGGUAUCGCAGGCAAUGGAGCGUUCGAAAUGCAGCAAGAGCUUUUCGACUGGGAGAACGGCAUUCCACCAUUUCAAAUGCCUGUCGGAGACAUAGGCUCGGCAGGUCUAGUGUUCGCUUUGGACCCAGCGUUCUAUGACGACCCCUCAAUGGCAGGAUUGAACAUGUUCGACCCAAUGUCCGCGCAGACGGCCAUGGCUUUUCCGCAAAUGAAGCCAGACAGCUCACUCGAGGCGGAGCCGUCUCCAUCAUCGGCAGCGUCCUCAAGGACACCGCAGAACCUGGCGUUACCGUUCGAUUUGACCAGCGGCGAGCCGUCCUUGGACCAGCAGAAGUCGUCGAAUUCAACCGUCCUCGGGCUGAGCGGUGAGACAGAUCCAUACCUCCUGUCUCGGUAUCGAUUUGACGAGCACAAUGAAGCAUCGUUCCAGUCAAUCAGGAUCCGGAAGAUGGAUGACGGAGCUGAAAACAGUAUUCCAACAUUCUUCAGUAUCCAGCACAAUGCCCUGGCCUCAAAAGCGCAACCGCAGGAGGGGCCGGACAUCCUCACUCGGUACCGGCGAGAACUCGACAGCAUGGUCAGCGAUGCUGUGGGCAGGCGUCUGAUCCGGCUGUUCUACCGAUAUGUACAGCCGUACUUCCCCGUCCUGAGCGAGAACGACAUUCGAGAGCCCAGCAACGUUCCAACAGCGCUCCUGGCCGCAAUCUACGGGCAUGCAUUGCCAUUCUGUGCCUGGGAUGAGAAGCUGUGUGUAGACGUGUUUGCGCCUCCGUCAGCUGACGCACUUUUCCGCAUCGCCUGGACUGCUUGUGUGCCGACCUUCCAUACUCCUUCCUUGGCGACCCUGCAGACACUGCUGCUUCUGGUCCAGCGACGGCCGACAAACAAGAAUGUGAGCGACACCCCAUUCAAAGGCGUCAUGAUCUCGGCUGCCGUCAGCGUAGCGCAGUCCUUGGGUCUGAACCGAGAUCCGUCAGAUUGGCCUCUGCCAGCUUGGGAGCUCAGGUUGCGGCGACGGCUUUCAUGGGCGAUGUUCAUCCAGGAUAAGUGGCUGGCCUUGAACUCUGGCCGGAUGGGCUACAUCCAGACCGAUGAUUGGGAUAUUGCGAUGCUCACAGAAGCGGACCUGGCCGAGCAGAACAAGCAGCCAAGAGAUGCACAGCCAGCUUCACCUGUUCCACCCCAGGACAUCGUUAAGCUGUGCGAGCUCACCACCAUUAUCAGUGACAUCUUGCACGACCUGUACAGCGUGAAAGCCACGAAAGCGCUGCAGAACAGCCUCGAAGCAACACUCGAGGUGGCGAAACCUCUCCGCAUACGGCUGACCGAGUGGCACCAUUCCCUUCCUCCCGGCCUUCUGACUUCGCCCUUAACGCACAGCUCUCCAGAUUCAGCUGCGCGCCGAAAGUCCUCUGUUUCCCACGAGCUAGACGGCAGCGGCUCCCUCCACCUCGCCUACAUCACGGCGAAGAUCUCACUUUUCCGCGCAAUGCUCCGUCCACAAUCGUCCAGCUCGAAUUCCAACGCCAUCUCGGCGCUUCGAACAGGCGCUCUUGCGGUGGCCAGAGAAAUCCACGACUUCCUCGAACACCUUAACGCGCGAGAAUUAGAAGCGUUUUGGGCUUCCUACUCGCGUACCAACUUCACAAUCGCGUCGAGCUUUAUGCUGCUUCUCUUCGUGACGAGCCCAGAUUCGGAAGACGCGAAGGAGUGUCUGGAGCUGCUGUGUGCGUGGAGGGCGCUGCUGAGGGUGAAGAGUCGAAGCUGUGAUUUGUUGAAUCUGGCGUUGUUGAAGGUCGAUGGCGUGUUUGUGGGCGGCAUGGAGAAUGUGGUCGAAUUGAGUCCUGCGGCGUUGGAGGUUUGGGAGGAGAGCGGGAAGGCUAGUGGAUAG